AUGGAAAAUUAUAAUAAUGCAUCAAAUACCGAUGGUGCGGUUUGUAUAGCAUGCAAAAUGACCGUGAUAUUUUUCAGGUCAUUGUAUGAGAAAAAUCGAACCCGAGAUUCAUUAAUUGAUAUUGCAACAUUUAUUUGUCAAUACUUUGUACAUCGUGAUUCAUUAUUAUGCUAUAGUUUAGCUAAACAAUUUCGGGAAGAAUUACUAUAUGUUAUCGAAGAGUUAAUUCUACAACCUGAUGCAUUAUGUUCAAUAUUCCUGGAUGAUUGUUCCUAUUCAAGAAUGGAUACAUCAUCGUGGAAUAUUACGUUACCACCAAAACGGCCAGAUCAGAAAUAUCCGACUUAUCCGGCUAUGAGAAAGGAUAAUUUACGAGUAUUACAUAUCACCGAUUUACAUGUCGAUCCAGAAUAUGCUUCAGGUUCAGAAGCUAAUUGUAGCAGUGAACUUUGUUGUCAUAUGGAAUCCGGAUUAAAUGGAUCAACAAUAACGCAACAAUCCGGUUAUUGGGGUAGUCUUGCCGUAUGCGAUAUACCAUAUCGGACGGUAGAAAAUAUGCUGCAGAAUAUCCAAAAACUUGGAAAGAUUGAUUAUAUAUUAGUUGGAGGUGAUUAUGAGUCACAUAUGGAUUGGACAUAUACCAAAGUGAGUCAUUUAAAAACGAUUCGAAAUCUUUCAACAAUUUUGCACAAUUACUUUAAGAAUACCCCAAUCUAUUGGACAUUGGGUAAUCAUGAGGGUGUUCCCGUUGAUAGUUUUGCACCGCAUUAUAUCCCGGCAAAAUAUCGUCCACAAUGGUUAUACGAUGAAUUAUUACAAUUGCAAAAAUCGCUGCUUGAUAUAAAAUCAAUUGAGAGUGUCAAAUAUCGUGGCUCUUACGCUGUACAACUUUAUCCAGGAUUAAAACUUAUAUCAUUAAAUAGUGCUUAUUGUGAAACUGCUAAUUUUUGGUUGCGUAUUAAUGAAACGGAUCCGGAUGGUACUUUAAGUUGGCUAGUUACGGAACUUCAACAAUCUGAACAUGAUGGCCAAUAUGUACAUAUUUUAUCACAUAUACCACCCGGUGAUAAUGAAUGUCUCGAAAGUUGGGCAAGAAACUAUUAUAAGAUUAUAGCAAGAUUUUCAAAAACAAUUCAAGCGCAAUUUUUUGGUCAUAUUCAUGUGGACAGUUUUACAGUACUUUACGAAAAUAUGAAUGAUGAUUCAUCGAAACCAAUUAGCAUACUUUAUGCAACACCAAGCGUGACAACAUUCAAAUAUCUUAAUCCAGCUUUUCGAAUUUAUGAAAUUGAACCUGGCAUAAAUUAUCGUAUAGUUAAUUUUCAUACCUAUUUCCUAAAUCUUACACAAAUUGGAACGAACACUACAUCACCAACGUGGAAAUUACUAUAUUCAGCAAAGGAAGAAUAUGGUUUAAAUGAUUUAAGUCCAACAAGCUGGGAUCAUUUAAUCAAUAAAAUUAUUUACGAAAAAUCAGCCUAUAAUAGAUUUAUCAGGAACAGUAAUCGCCGCGAUAAUAUUGUUUGUGAGGGAAAGUGUCGUUAUAACUCGUUGUGUUUUUUGCGAAAAGGACAUCAUAAUAUGACACUAUGUAAUCAUCUUCCAUUCUAUCGUAAUACUAUCAAACGAAGACCGCAUAAGUUAUCCGGAAUUGUUGACAAUAUUGGCCAAACGGCACUUACUGUAACCAAAGAACAACAAGAACAACAACACCACCAACAACAACAACAACAAAAAGAACAACGACAACAACAACAACAACAACAACAACAACAUACCGAAAUCUUCAUGUUAUUAAAAAAGAAAUUGCGAUCAUAUAUUAUGAAAAAAUUUCUUAAAUUAUUUCUAUUUCCUGUGAAUUAA